AUGAACUCAACGGCGAACGGAUCCAGCGGGUUUUGGAGCUGCUUAAAUUUUUCUGCGUUGAAAAUCGGAGGAACCGUUGCCUUUUGUCCGAUCAUCAUCGUCUCACUGGUCGCAAACUCUCUAAUUGUUAUCCUCGUUUGUAAAACGCCGAACUUAAAAAAACCGAUAAAUUUUUUCAUCGCAAACAUGGCCUUGUCUGAUCUGCUGACUCCAAUGUUCUGGAUGCCUUCGAACCUGUCCGACUUGCACACCAAUUCCUUGUUUCUUAUCGGUGGAAAGAUUGGUCAGGCCUUGUGUAAGCUUCUCCCUUUCUUUAUUAACUCUUCUUUUGCCGUUUCGAUUCAGAAUCUGAUUCUGAUAGCGGUGGAUCGAUUUGGAGCCGUGGUAUUUCCACUCCGUUCACCAAUCAUCAGAUCCAAGCUGUGUCCCUUCUUCAUUCUCGCUACAUGGAUAGUUGCCGUUGCUGUCAAUUCGCCAGAGUUGUUCACUUACGAGCUCGUUGAAGAUCCGAAGGGAACCCGGUGUGUUGUGGAAUGGAAGAAAGCAUUCGGAGAGUCCUCAUCCUAUGGCAGUUUUGUACUAGCUUACGACAUUCUGUUUGUAUACAUCCCUGUGCCGUUGCUAGUCAUUCUUUACUCCAUCAUGGUUAUCAAGCUCAAGACACAGGCACAACCAGGUGAACAGUCCGCGGACACUCAGCAACAGCGGGACAGAAGAAACAGAAACUUCAAAUGUCCAUUGCUAUCGUAA